GCGUUCACUACGAUAAUGACAACGAGUAGUCUUUGCUUGAGGACAGGGUGCCGAGGUGCUUCAUUGUCAGUGUGGAUAUGAGAUCAACAAUGAUGACAAACGGCGAGGGGUGUGUCAAAGCACAAACAUUGUUGCAACGCUUCAGAGAGUCACCACAUGUACGUGUGGACAGUGACGUGGAAGACAGUGCAUAUAGUCUGAAAGGAGUAGUUCAGUGGAUGUGCAGCGAAGGAAUGUGCGAAGAAGGGGACGUGGACAUGACAAUGGUGCAGAAAGGGGGGAGAUAUACACCUGGGGAUUUCAAGAAGGUGCGGGACACUUCCGCUAAGAAUUCGGAGAUGGUUGUUGAUAGGUUGAAGGACGAGUUGAAGACUGGUGCAGCGGAAAUUUUGGUGUUGUCCAGGAUGAAGGACAUAACACAAACACCUUCAGUCGACUUUCAAGAUGUUCCUGUCAUAGUCGCAGAUGGUGUCGAAUAUGUUCUGCUGGAUCAACUUAUGGACUUAAUGAAAAAGAGUCCCGACGACAGGAACGUCAUCCAUGAGGCUUUGCAUGAAGUCACAGAGUUGGCACUGCAGGGUGAAGAGCUAAUUGAAUAUAUGUCGGCAAGAAAGGAAGACAAUAUGAUAUGUGGCACACCGUUGUGGGAGAGUAUAUUAUAUGCUGCUUUGGAGCAGCUCGGCCAUGCCGGUUCCGAUGUUGAGAGACAAAGAAAAAGAGAAGAAGGGUGGAAGUUGAUGGUCAUGGAAACAAAUCUUGCAAUCGUUCCACACAACAGACAGACAUCAGCGGCACAGGAAACAAUGAACAGUAUGUCAGUCGGUGUACCUCCCGUGCAGACAACAACAACAGAGGAGAUGGAGGAAGAAGAUCUGCUGAAUGGUUUGACAAUGGCUGAACAACAGCGUGAUCGUGGAUUCCAAGAGCCCGAGUUACCAAGUUGUAUUGCAGAGUACACAGGAAAUGCAAAUGAAGAAGAUGAAGAAGAGGAUGACGGGGCAUCAUCUUCUGACGUGGAAGUGAGUGUCAGUGAUGUCGGCAGCGACGAGGAAGGAGAGGAACGUGAUGUGUAUUAUGAUUUGAAGGGGGCGGGUGGCCUCAUCCACGGCGCACUAACGAUUGCGUGUGGAGAGACAUUGCAUCCUGGCUUGUCAACAGGAGAUGCAAUAGUUAGUGCUCGGCCACAGCAUGACACACAGACACACCCACACACCACGACAGACCCUCAAGGAUUGCAGGGAUGAGGACAGACAUGCAAAGCAUAGAGUAGUAGAGUAGCACCAUAAAUAAUCAUUGCACAUACGUUUUGAUGAGCAUGG